AUGGUUGUCAAGCGAGAUUCUUUGUCCUGGACCGACUCGUCGGGGAAUAUAUACCACUACUACCAAAGGCCCAUGCUCAACGGUGUUAUCUUCAUCCUUUUGCAGGAGUUCUGUGAGCGCCUAGCUUUUUUCGGGAUAACGCCCAACGCCCAGACUUUCUUCAAGGAGUACUUGAACUACACUGACGCUGAAGCUAACUCCUAUAUAGCAACGUUCCAGGCAAUCCUUUAUGUCACACCGCUUUUCGCCGCGGUGCUUUCUGACACCAUCUUGGGUGUGUAUGUUACCAUUUUGUCCUUUUCUGUCGUGUAUAUGAUAGGUCUGAUCUUACUUCUUUUAUCGACGGUCAAGAGCAUCAGUGCACCGUGGAUGAUCCAUUUGUCUGUGCUCGUUCUCAUCACUCUCGGUGGUGGCGGUAUUAAGAGCUGCGUGAAUGUCAUGGGUGCGCAUCAGUUCCACCCCGACUAUCACAAAGAAAGCCUCACUAGCUACUAUACCUACUUCUAUGCGGCUAUCAAUGUCGGCUCGCUGAUCGGAG